AUGGUACUGAGAUGGAGGCUUAGUGCGACUUCCAUGCGGACGUAUGGACGCUUUCAUGUCCACGACAGCUUUCAGUAUCGUCUUGGUCACACUAUCAUGAAGGACUUCCCAAGUACACUUGCUGUGGAAGCUGCAUCAAAUUCAGAGACCUUAGCUCCAUUCCUUGAUAAACCUCCUGUGAACGAUCGAGAAGCGACCCCAAUAGUUGAUGUAGAAGCAGAAGAAACCCGGUACAGACGUUUAGUGAAGGACUGGAAUGGAGCUGUAGAAGAGAUUCGGAAGAUUGAGGGCUAUUCUCGCUUCCUCCUCCCCCCCUUAUUCUCCGAUCUUCAAGAUGCAGCUUGUGAUGGGCCUAUCAUUGUGCUCAUUGCAAGCGAGUUGUCUUGUGAUGCCAUUAUUAUCCCGCACAAGCAACCUCCCACUAAGAUUCCACUCCCCACCGAUCUUAAGAAACUCCAGGCAUUGGCAGCCAGACUCCAACGCAGAAGUACACCAGCCUUGACAACAGCCUUGACGGAGUUGUGGGAUGAUGUCGUCCGCCUGGUCAUCGAAAAUCUGAGCGGAUUUGCACGACCAGCUCCCGAAUAUGGUGGUGCCCUGACGUCUGUCUUCAAUUUCCUGCCGGUGCACACUGCAGGCCAGUACUGGAAAGAUGGACAGUUCCUUUCACAGUUCUACGUCUCUUCAUACACGCCAUCGCUUACCGCAUUGAUAAAGGCUCGCAGACAUGACAGAUCUCUAUCAGUGUCCUUUGCUGCCUAUCAGUCUUUUACCACCUCCCCCGACUGUUUCCUUCACCAAGAUAACGAGCGUCGAUGCAACGAAAUCGAGGGCACUGCGCACGCCUGCGAAGAGAAUACUUGGCUCCAUUUUUCGUGUCACGGGACACAGAAAUAUGAGGACCCCUUCAAUUCGGCCUUUCUCAUGCGAGAUCAGCCGCUUUCACUCCUGGAUAUCACACAAACAGAUCUGUCUCGGCAUGAAUUUACAUUUCUUUCUGCCUGUGAUACCGCAGUCGGUGACCGUGAUACUCCUGACGAAGUGAUACACCUAGCGGCUGGCCUGCAAUUCGCUGGUGUUAAGAGCAUCGUUGGGACAUUAUGGAAGGUCAAUGACAGUACUGUGCAGCGCUUAGUCCAGGCAUUCUACAAAAACUUGUGCGGGGAUGGCAAGAUGAAUUCCAAGCGAGCUGCCCGAGUGUUGCACAAAGCGGUCCAGUCGUUGGCUUGCGACAAGGACAUGCCCCUGGAGCAGCGCAUAGUGUUCAUGCAUAUUGGCAUAUGA